ACAGCAACUCCCAAAGAACAAGGACCACUCAACCACUCAACCAACAUAAAUAAAUAAAGCUUGGAUUAACAUAGAAAUUGUUUAACACAUAUAACCUGGGAUCGACAUACUUUUCCAAAUCUACUGAAAAAUUAAGAUAUUAGAGAGAUAUUAUGAGAACUUUAUGAUCAACCCUCGUAUGUAACAGGAUUAUCAUACCAGAGCAACAAGCGCACCUACGCAGAAUAAAUAUGACGUGCAUGGCAGAGGAAUUAGAACCAUUUCCUAUGAGCUGGAAAUAUUAACUAUUAUAAAAUAGAUAUUGAUUUUUGCCUAAACUUGAAAAAUCAGUCCAACAUAACAGAAGAGUAUUUAAAGUGACAAGUGAACAGAUUGGAAUAACAAAAUAUCCUAAUAACACAAAGUCUUAUAAUUCUCUGAUUUGACUGUCAGGAGGCACACGUUUCCCUGGCAAUGGCUACGUACCCAGGAUCUAUUAGGCUUAAUAGCCAAAGGCGAUAUGGAUCUAUAUCAGCCUCAAUAGGGUAUAGACAAGGCUGGCCACAUACUUGUGUGAAAUGUAUCUCCAUAAUGAACAUCAUAUUGGGAAUAUUAGCAAUUGCAAUCAAUGUAUCUGCAAGUGAGUUAAAAGACAAGCAUUUUCUCAACAGUGCUACAGGCCUAUGGGGCGGAGCUGUCAUUAUAUUCACAGGGGUCAUAGGAAUACUUGCCUCAAAACAUAAAAAUGACACUUUCAUAGGUGUCUGGCUGUUGUUCAAUGCCAUCUUGAUACUUGUCUCCCUGUGUAUAAUAGGAAUCCACAUCAAGGGUGUCAUUCAAGUACGAAGCAGCAUGAUACUCAAUAUUAAUAACAAAAACACCAGCAACAAUAGCCACAUAGAUCCCAUUCAGGGGAACACUACAUCGGUUUCAACUGAACACACAUCGGCACAUGUAGUAGGAAAACUCAUUCUUAAUUCCAUUAUGGCUGGCUUAGGAAUUGUAGCAUUCAUUCUUGGGACAGUAUCUGUGAUUUUGUCAGGGAAAAUUGUUUGUUGUAUAGAGAAGCACAAUAAUACAUUCGUCCCAAAAUCAAGCUCAUGUCAGGUGUCAGGUUCCUGUUCGAGUCCAGCAUAAUCAGCAUGGAUUGUAAUAACUCAAAGGAACUUCUAAUGAAAAGCAAAACGCCAAGAGUAGUAUAAUAAGCCAGGCAUGAAAGUGUGCUAAGUUCAAUACCUAGGACCCAAGAAUCCCAAGAGUGGUGCUCUACAAACUGAGCAAUGAGAGUUUAGCCAGUAUUAUAGCUGUGUUGUUGUAGCAUGCAAUACCAUCAAGGGUCAUUAUAGUACUGUCAGAGACAGAGAACACUGAAUGUAAACAUCACAUCAUGGCAAGCUUUGUAUUAAAGUCACGAGAAGUCUCGCUUGGUCCAAGCCUAUGAUUGGUCCAAACAUUUCCCAGAAAAACUCAUAUUCAAAUUUUGAAGAAGGUAGAUGUUUGUGGAACGAUCCAAAACAACCUCCAAUUUAGGAUAAAUGUAACUUCUAGGCCAAUGCCAUAUCACAUAUAACUUCUUGGACCAUUCUCAUACCAGAAGGUAGGAAAUUCUGACCAUUGUCCUACCUAAGAUGUCAUUUGAAGCAUAAGUGCUUUGCUAAUACAGGUAGUUAUUUAUGAAGAUCAAAUCUGCUUUGAAAAUACAAUAAAACAAACAUAUUUUAUUGAUAGAAUAUCUACAUGUAUAUGUAAUUCAUGAAAUGUUUUGCUUAAUAAAGUGUAUAAGAAUUUUAUCUAUAUUAAUGUGAAUGGUAAAAUUAUUUGUUUAUGAAUUGCAACAUAUUAUUAU